ACCUAGCGAGGUUUCUACCGCUGCUGGGCCUUCCAGUGGAUUGGUUCUAGAAGCCGCUAACGUUCUAGUAGGCCCUCAUCAACCUCGAUCCAAAGAUUUGUUUGGUGGAAGUUUUCCGAGGAGGCAAAUUUUGCGUCAGCGAAGAAGUUUUCAGGAGACUUGGUAUUCCCAGUUCCCUUGGCUGGAGUAUAGUGAGAAGGUGGAUUCUGCAUUUUGUUUUGCGUGUCGCCUAGCUGAGCAGAGCGGAAAGCAUGGCCACUACGAUGCAUGCUUUACUGAAAGAGGCUUUCGAAACUGGAAAACGGCACUAGAUGACUACAGAAAGCACGAGUCUUCGCAUGUGCACUGCUUGGCGGCAGCUGUGUGGAAUCAGGCAAGACAUGUUGCCGAAUCGGGCACGUCUGUAGCCCAGUCUGUCAGUACUGCGCACCAAUUAAGAAUAACCUUGAACAGACGAAAUCUCGGGAAAGUGUUUGAAACUAUCCUUUAUCUUGGGCGACAGUCUAUUGCUUUGCGUGGACAUGACGAAACGGAAGAUUGCACGAACAGAGGGAAUUUUCUCGAACUGUUACAUCUGCGGGCAUCAGAUAAUCCUGAGCUUGAGCAACACCUGCAAGGAACGUUUACGUACACCUCUCCACAGAUUCAAAAUGAAAUUCUAGCUCUUUGCGGUCACAAGAUUCAGCAGUCGAUAGUCCACGAACUCCGAACGUCCGGUAUGUAUGGACUGAUUUGUGACGAAACCACAGACGUAUCGAGACAAGAGCAGAUGUCCAUUUGUGUUAGGUACGUAAGUGAAUCAAUGACAGUAAAGGAACGCUUCUUGGGCUUUUGGCCAGCCGAAAGUACCGAUGGAAAGUCACUGUUCAAUCUUCUAAAUCAAGCUUUGAAUGAGUUAGGAAUUCCUGUAGGUCAAAUGAGAGCUCAGUGCUAUGACGGUGCGUCCAAUAUGCGAGGGAGAUACAAAGGUGUCUGUACUCGUUUUCAGGAAGUGGAAAAGAGAGCUCUAUACAUCCACUGCCAUGCUCACGUGCUGAACCUUACUCUAGCGAAUGCUUGUUCCGCGGUCCAGGAUAUUAGAAACGUUCUUGGAGUGGUAAACAGCCUCUACAAACUGCUGGAAGGAUCGGCAAAGAGACAUUCGCGGUUUCAGGCUAUCCAGGAGAAGCUAGGAGGCAGUUCUGUCACUCUCAAGAGACUUUGUGAAACUAGAUGGUCUUCACGCUAUGAAGCUGUACAUGCUAUCAAGUCCAGUUUUGAUGCGAUCAUUCACACUCUUGAAGCAAUUUCAACUGAAGAUGCCGAAUUAGGACCAGAAGCAUCCUGUCUUCUGAAGUCUGUUCAGACUUUCCACUUCUUCUUCUAUAUUUCAGUGUUGGAAGAGGUACUUGGGAAAACUGCUGUUCUUUCACGCUACUUACAAGGUCGGCGUGUCGAGCUGUCUGGAGUCAAGUCGAAAGUUUCUAGCACAAUCAAAGCCGUGGGUGCACUUCGUGAAGACUUUCAAGACGUCUGGAAAAAUACUGAAGACAUUGCGUCAAAACUAAGCUUGGAACUUCCACAACUUUCGCGCAAACUCUUGUCAAGAGCAAUAUAA